AAGUCAUCCAUGGCUGAUUUCCCUUGUUCUUUCAACUUAGGAUCGGCAAACUAUAGGGAUGUCGAUCAAGAGAAUACACCGGAUUUCUAUAUUUGGGUGACGCCUUUUGUAAGUAAAAAUAACUGGCAGCGCCUCAAGCAAGAUCUGAGUGAAGAAAACGAUGACGAAGAAUUUGAGGAAGUUGUAUGGAAAAAGAACUUUCUGUCUCGAGUCUGUUUUGAGCUGGAUGAUAUCACAGAGGCUACACGAUUGAACGAGGAGAUCCUCAGCGAGACAAAGGACACCAAUCUCACGGCGCUGGGCAACUCGGCAUUCCUACACUUUCUAAACGAAGAGCUCAGCCAAAGCUUACGCGUAGUUCAAUCAUUGAAUGAACUGAAAGAAAAAGAUGCAUUCAUCGACUUAAAAUUGCACGCGGCCAUCGAGCAAGGCUACGCCCACCGUAAGAUUGGGGGCGGUCAAAAUCUUCUAUGCGCAAUCAAACUUUUGACACCGGCAACUAAACGCUUCCCCAGAAAUGAAAAAGUCAGAUUUCUACUUGCACUGACUUACAGAAGAUCGUCUGAUUUGAUGAUGUAUGUAGAAAAUCCCAAGAAGAUCAAUUCACGUGAUCUAGCAGUGAAAGCAGCCAAUGAGCUGUCUGAUUUGAUGACUACUGCAAAGGACCCUUCAAUCAGAGCUGCGUCCUAUACAGAGAUGGCGUAUCUCAAGAAGACAAAUGAUUCGAAGCCAGAAUUUCAACUCAUAAAACCAGACGAGUGGGGAGAAUAUAUUGGUUGGGACGGUUGGACUGAGUUAUGCCACAGAGCACUCGAAAUAUGUGACGGCAGGACGGUCAGAGUUCUCAAAAUGGUUGGACAGAUGCUUAAAAACGAUCCGAAAACCUUGGAAAAGGCAAUUGACUUGCUCGAACGCUCUAUAAAGAUAAAACCAUCAAGUCGUGCCUAUCACCAUCUUGGUUUGGCAUACAUUUACAAGGCUGUUGGCUUCGAAAAGAAAAAGUCGUCGAACAGAUUCUACGGUUCUCGGGCAAGAGAAAGUGGGAACGCUUACUAUGACCCAAACGGAAUUUCAAGCCUAGAAAAUCGUUUGCGACUUUUGAUUAAAGUGCCUAAAGAAAAGUUACGAAAAUUUACCGAAAAUAAUCCACAUCUUCCCGCUGCUGAGGACAACUUAAGGAAAGCUGUUCAGAUAAGUCGAGACACCAAUACAAGCGCACAAUACGACUACGCGGUGUUUCUAGCAAGGCAGCGCAAGUAUAGUAAAGCUAAGCAGAUCUGCCUAGCGCUAGAAAAGAAUUACUUAUGCAGUGAUUAUAGUACAGAGAGGUGACUGCAUCUGGUGUCGGCGUACAAUUUAUUCGGCAUGUGCUGCGCACUGGAAGCGGAGGAAGAAACCAACGAGGAGGCAAGGAAGUGUCUUCUAGACCGUUGUGAAAAGAUGCUCACCAAAGCGGUGCGAGUCGCCAGCCACAUUGCUACAAGCGUACCAGAGCUUCCGAACUGCGUUACAGAUUUGUGGGACGCCUUCAAAGACUUGAAAAGUAAAUACGCAUUCAACGCCAGCGCAGAAAGCCAAAAGAAACUGAUCAAACUAUGCGAACUUAUUUCGGAUUACCGUUUCCUCCCUAAACUGGAUGAGACGCUUUCUCUUUUGAAAGAAAAAAGGCUGGAUAAGGAUUGUCUUGAAAUUUAUCUGAAAAAAUCUCUAGAAGAUAAAGAUUUAGACGGUGCUAAUCUCAUGCUAGAUCUGAUCUACUUACACCAAGAAACUUGUAACAAACCCACAUUUGCCAACAGUGCAGUCGUUCAAGCCAUUUGGUUCGAGCAAGCUAAGCAAGCAUUGGCGUGGUUUUUAGAAAAUGAAAACAGCGUCCCCGACACAAUUUGGAAAAAAAUUUUCGUAGAAGAAUAUGGGACCAGGCAAGGGGAAGACUAUGAUGUUUUGCUUGUUGAGGACGAUGAAAAACUUUCUGCAGCUACAUCUGACAAUUGGUCUGAUUCAUCAUCAGAGUUUUUAAGUAAAUUUUUAACAGAUGUCUGUGGACUGGCUGCGACGAGAGUGAAUGACGUCAUCAUUCCUGGAAAGCCUACACUUGAUCAGGAAAUAGCCGCAAUUUGCUCAGUUAAAGUUGUUGUGUUUUUUAUUGACGGCGCUCUUGUACAAAGCACUGCUGGUGACGUCUGCAAUGAAAUCGACAUCGAAACAGCAACUGCAGAGCUGAAACGCUUAGCAGUGUCUUCACCAGAGACUACAGCUGAGGCACUAGGUGUCACUUAUGGAGGUCAGGCCCUUCCAUCUAGAGAACAAACAACAGAGAAUAAUCGGUUUAGCGACGUUGAAACUCAGCCAGGUCCAGAGAAAAAAGUCUGCUCUGAUCGAUUUCAGUACUUGUUAACAUGCGCCAUAGAUUCCAUGCUGCGUCAAACUCCUAGGCACAUAUUAUUGGCAGUACAAAAUGAGGAUGGGAAGAGACUGAUACCGUGUCAAGCAUCGGGGAAACCCGUUCUGGUUAUUUCCGAGAAAGACUUCUGCACUUUUACCACUACAGUUCAUAACGGAAGAGAAAAGCAAAUUGACUUUUUGAUCAAUAUUUUUAAACAUAUUGUGAGAAAAGGAACACAAUGUCCUUAGUAAGAUGAAAGAAAUAGAAGUAAUGUGUAAGAAGCUUUUUAAAGAAAACCUCAAGCUAUUGAAGCAUUGGCGACCUUUUUCCAUCAUUGUUACUCUUAUUUUUAAUAGCUUCAGGAAAAUGUACAGAUGUACGCACAUUGUAUGCAAUGAAAAGGGCAUUCCAUAAAUAAAACCUUUUAGUUCAGGUUGUGAAAUAGAAAGCUAUACCCCUGAACUAGAUUAUAUCAUGUGCAAUCAAAUAAUAUACCAUUGAACUAGAUUAUAUCAUGUGCAAUCACAAACUAUACCCUUGAACUAAAUUAUUUCACGUGCAAUCAAAAACUAUACUGUGAUCUAGUUUAUAUCAUGAGCCCUUCAUGCAGUUGGAUUUAGUCUCAAAAAUACUCGUUACUGAGCGUGAAGCUAUCCAACUGUUGAUGUACUUUAAGAUUAUUGUAUACAGACUAUAGUGAUUCAUAUUAUCGUUGGCCAACGUGAAGCUUGUUAGGUCGGGAGUAAAACAAAGCAUGGUCAAACCCGAAAAAAGGAACGCAACAAAGCACCGAACGCGUCGGCAGGAAGCCUUCUACAGUGAAC